AUGCAUAGACAAGUACUUUAUUGGUCUCUGAAAAAUACUUUGUUUUAUCGUGCUUUAUACACAUCUAAAACGAUUUACGCUUUAUCAACUCCUUUAGGUAAAUCAGCUAUUGCUGUAAUAAGAAUCUCAGGACCUGAAUCAUUUCGUGUAGUUGAGGCCCUUUGUCCUUCAAGAAAGCUUCCAAAGUCAAGAUAUUUGAGUCUCCGAGAGAUUAAACAUCCAAAAACUGGUGAACUUUUAGAUAGGGCAUGUUUGCUUUUAUUUGAUGGUCCUUGUUCUUUUACAGGUGAAGAUAUGGCUGAGCUUCAUGUUCAUGGAGGAGCAGCGAUCAUUCGAUCUAUUUUAGAUGCUAUUGCUAAUAGUCAUUGUGAUGUUGAAUAUGCAGAACCUGGGGAGUUUUCUAGAAGGUCUUUUGAGAAUGGGAAAUUAGAUCUUACUCAAGCUGAAGGAAUAUAUGAUAUGAUUAAUGCGGAAACUGAAGAACAAAGAAAGUUGGCCAUUCGGCAAAUUGACGGAUCUUUAAAGCGUAUUUAUGAGAGAUGGAAAGAAGAAUUAGUUGACUAUAGAUGUCAUCUUGAAGCUAUUAUAGAUUUUGGCGAAGAUGAUGAUAUCAAUGAUGAUAUUUAUUUUCAAAUAUAUAAAAAGGUUGAGGGCUUUGUAGUUAGACUUCAGGAUCAUUUAAAAAUGUCUGUUUGUGGUGAAUUAUUAAGACAUGGUAUAAAAGUGUCCAUUUUUGGGUUACCAAAUGCUGGAAAAUCUUCUCUUUUAAAUGUAAUUACUAGAAGAUCUGCAAGUAUUGUAUCUUCAGAACCAGGGACAACACGUGAUGUUAUUGAUGUUAUUGUUGAUAUAGGAGGAUUUCCUGUAAUAUUUAGUGAUACUGCUGGUUUAAGGCAAGGAAACAAUAUUGAUUUUAUUGAAAAAGAAGGGAUAAGAAGGGCUUAUGAAAAUAUUGAAAAGGCAUCUAUACGUAUAUGUGUUUUAGAUAUCACUGAUAUUGAAGCUAAUAUAUCUGCUCUUCGAUAUUUAUUUAUGCGUCAAAAUAUGAUUAAUUAUCAGUUAACUAUUUUGGUUUUAAAUAAAAUUGAUUUAGUAAAGCCAGAAAAAUAUAAAGAUUUAAAAAAAAUUGAAUUGUUGACAGGAGUUGCUUCUAAUUUGAUUUUUCCCGUUUCCUGUCAAACUAAUAUAGGUAUUUAUGAUUUAAUGCUUUCUCUUAAUAAUCAAUUAAAAAAAAUUGUUUGGUCUGAAAGUAAUCAGGAAAUUGUUGGAAUAAAUUCUAGGCAUAAGGGACACAUUGAAAAGUGUUUAGAUUAUCUGAAUGUCUUUUUAGGUGGGUUUUUGAAUGAGAAAUAUAUAAGAUUAAUAUUUAAAGAAUGCGGUGACAAAGAUAUAGUUAUUAGUGCUGAAAAUUUAAGAUAUGCAAGUGAUGAAUUGGGUAAAAUUUAUGGGCACAUUAAUGCAGAAGAAGUCCUUGAUGCUAUUUUCUCAAAAUUUUGUAUUGGGAAAUAA